AUGGGAAGCAAUUGUGCAACCUGUUAAAAUUGUUAGAAAAAGGAAGAAGUCUUAAUAAGCGAGGUAUAGCAACAAUCGAACCCUCAAAUGAAUCAAUACUCGCAACAACCAAAUGAAGAGGAAGAUGAAGAUCACCUUGAGGAAAAGAAUUAGGAUGGUCAAAGUCCAAUAAUAUAACAAUAUUUGAACUUGGAUCCGCCUAAGAAAAAUGAGGCUAUUGUCUAUGCAGAACAAACCAGGGCUCAACCAGUUGAAACUCCAUAAGUUCAAGUGAUCAUGACUAAUGAGUCAAAUGCAGAUAGCAAGAAGAGAAAAAACGAGAUGAUGCUAAGAAAUUAGGAGGAUCUUAAUGAUGUUUAAGUUCCUAAAUCUGAGAAUACUGUUAGAGAGAGGAGGGCUCGCCAUCAAUUUAAAAGCGGAGCAUUCUAUGAAGGAGAAUGGAUUGGAUAGAACAGGGAUGGAUAUGGGGUUCAAAUUUGGAGUGAUGGAGCAAAAUAUGAAGGAGAGUGGAAAAACAAUAGGGCUAAUGGGAAAGGGAGAUUCUGGCAUAUAGAUGGGGAUUAGUUUGAAGGAGAUUGGAAGGAUGAUAAAGCAUGUGGGAAAGGGGUUUAUAUUCAUACGAAUGGAGCAAGGUAUGAAGGAGAUUGGAUGGAUGAUUUAUAACAUGGAUUUGGAAUUGAAACAUGGGCUGAUCAGGCGAGAUUCGAGGGGAAUUAUUAGCACGGCAAGAAAGAAGGAUUUGGGAAGUAUUACUGGGGAGAUGGAUCUGUGUAUGUUGGAAAUUGGAGUGAAAAUAAGUUGUCUGGAUUUGGAGUGUACACUUGGCCUGAUGGGAGGAGAUACGAAGGAUAAUGGUUAAAUAAUCAGAUGAGUGGACGUGGGAUCUACUUUUGGAAGGAUGGAAGAUAAUAUGAAGGCCAGUAUGUUAACGAUAAGAAACAUGGAUAUGGCAUUUACACAUGGCCAGAUGGAAGGAAAUACGAAGGAUAUUGGUCUAACGGCAAAUAAUAAGGGAAAGGUAGAUACAUACUACCGAAUGGCAGGAGUUAGAUUGGAAUGUGGGAUAAUGGCAAAAGGAUAAAGUGGUUGGAUCUAAGUGAAUAGAACAUUGAUUUGAAACCCUAAGAUUGGAAUUCUUAUGUUUAACCGUCAUAGGGAGAAACAUAAUUAUGAUUAUUUUACUAAUUAAG